GUCUGCUUCUUACCACACUAUCUUCUUUACUUUGCAAACAAAACAAACACGUCUACAAUCGUUCAGGAGUACUUCGGUCGCAAUAGACUGCGCGACUUUCAUUGUUUUAUUUGCACUUUUCCAAAUGAGCACAACGCCGUCAUGGUAAGACAACAUGGUAGUCUGACAAAGGACGACGAGACGAAUCAGGCGGCUUGGGAAGCGGCGAAGGGGGCGUUGGUUGGGGGGACGAAGUGGGGUGCUUUCUUCGCUGUGGCAGGCGGUGUCGCAUACGCUUUCUCGCCUGUAUACAAGGGUCUUACUGUUCAGUUCAAGACUUACAUACAGAUGUCAGGCAUGAUACUUGGCGGGUACCUGGAAGCCGACAAGCGCAUGAUCAACUACCAACACCGCGUCCGACACCACAAGCGGGUUGCCAGAGACAUGGAGAUCUGGAGACGGUACGAGGAUUCUUAUGAGGAGAGGGGGACGCCGGGGGUGGGUGCUGAGAGUGAUGUGCAUGGGCCGAAUGGGAAGGGUAACUGAAGGGUUUAGAUCGGACGAGAUCGGAUUGUGGUGUGUGGAGUUUGAGCAGAUUUGCAGGAACGAGGGUUUGAUGUUUGUGCAGAUGAGAUGGGCAAACGGAUUGUUACUGCUUGUUAUUAUAUAACCUAUUCUUCUAUAUCACUCCAUGCGUCGUA